AUGGAUGCUUUUCUAGCACAUAAUCAUGUCUUCAUACUUACUGUUUCAGCUUUGAAUAUUUUAUUAUGUCUUAUGCCUCCAUAUAAUUAAAAUAUAGCAAAACAAUCCCAUUUUAUUGAUGAUAAUGAUGAUAGUGUUUAAGAAAGCACUGGUAAAGUUUAAAGAUAAAAUCAUAAAUUCUAAACAGAAGAAGAAGAGGAUGAACAUAAAUUUAAUUAGCAUAAAAGUGAUCAAGUUGAGGAAUCAUUAGAGAAAGAUGAUCUCUUCUUUAAAAUAUAUGAUGAUCUUAAAAAAUGA